AUGGUAUGGCUAUCUGGAGAGGAAUGCGUCUCACAACGAGCAUUCAGUGGCCUCGAUGGCGACGGUGCUGGAGACAACGUCGCUCGUGGUGAUAGUCACAGCGUUCAACGCUUCCUGCCUCGGCACUAUGGCAGCGACUUCGUUGUUGGGAGUGUGCAUGAUGAAGGGGUUCUUUGGUUCAUCUCACAAGAAGACAAUGACCACUUCCCAUCGGUCUGCUUUCUCGUUUCGCGUGAAACCGGGCGAAUGUCUCGUGGACUGCAUCCGCCUGAAGAUCGUAUCAAAGCCAAACGGCUGCAUAACAAAGAGGAUCAGCCGGCGUCUUCGGGUGAGAUCAACAAACAAAUCUCUUCGAAGAUAUGA